UCUCUGCGUUUAUCUCUCUUCCUCUGAUUUCCAAAAAUAUUCCAAAAAUGGUAUCAAAGGUGAAGAGAGGACCAGUGAAGUCAAUCAAGGACCUUCGUAACAACAACAACCGUCGUUGGCGCCGGAAAACUCCCAUAAAAAAUGUAGUGGCGGCAUCCUCUGCUGCCCUGGCUUCCAUCCGCCGCCGUAUCACAAAACUCUUCUCAAAGAUCGCGCGCAUCAGCACCACCCACAAGAAAAAAGCAACCUCUUACAAGAUCCUCAGAAAGAUAACAACAACAGAAGAACACGAAGAACAACUCGAUGCCAUUCGCCGCACCCUGGUUUUCGACGACGCCACCGCCACACCGCUCCUCCCUCCGUCCAUCUCCGUCCGUAAAACCGUGUUCCUUGACCUUGACGAAACGCUUGUCCACUCCCACCCCUCGCCGCCGCCGGAGCACUUUGAUUUCGUCGUCCGGCCGGUCAUCGACGGCCAGCCCAUGGACUUCUAUGUCCUCAAACGCCCCGGCGUCGACGAGUUCCUUGAGACCCUCGCCUCUAAGUAUGAGGUUGUCGUUUUCACGGCGGCGCUAAGGGAGUACGCGUCCAUGGUGCUGGACAGGCUGGACCGGAACCGGUUCAUCUCGCACCGGCUCUACCGUGACUCGUGCCGCCACAUAGACGGGAAGCUCGUGAAGGACCUUAACGAAACUGGUCGCGAUCUGAAACGGGUGGUUAUAGUGGAUGAUAACCCGAAUUCCUUUUCGAACCAACCCGAGAAUGCUAUUCUGAUUCGGCCCUUCGUGGAUGAUAUUUUCGACCGGGAGCUUUGGAAAUUGAGAAGCUUUUUUGAUGGGUCUGAUUGCUGUGAUGACAUGAGAGAUGCUGUUAAGCGCUAUCAGCAACGUUAGCAAAACUAGCUUGCCCUACGUGUGAACAGUUUUGGCUCAAGGAAGGACAUCUUAAGCCCGAAAAAUGGUUUAUGGAUUCCUACAAUAUCGAUCAACAGUCGAGAAUGCAGUGUAUGUGUAUCUUUGUUCCUGGGAUAAUGAGAACA